AUGCCGGCUUCAUGCCAGACUUAUCAAGGCUCCAAGGUUAAUGUGGGCUGCAGAGGAUUGGACCUGAGGAAGACCAGUCCCCACAGCUGCAGAGGAUUGGACCUGAGGAAGACCAGUCCCCACAGCAGCAGAGGACUGGACCUGUGGAAGACCAGUCCCCACAGCUGCAGAGGAUUGGACCUGAGGAAGACCAGUCCCCACAGCUGCAGAGGAUUGGACCUGAGGAAGACCAGUCCCCACAGCUGUAGAGGAUUGGACCUGAGGAAGACCAGUCCCCACAGCAGCAGAGGACUGGACCUGAGGAAGACCAGUCCCCACAGCAGCAGAGGACUGGACCUGAGGAAGACCAGCCCCCACAGCAGCAGAGGACUGGACCUGAGGAAGACCAGUCCCCACAGCAGCAGAGGACUGGACCUGAGGAAGACCAGCCCCCACAGCAGCAGAGGACUGGACCUGAGGAAGACCAGUCCCCUCAGCAGCAGAGGACUGGACCUGUGGAAGACCAGUCCCCACAGCUGCAGAGGACUGGACCUGAGGAAGACCAGUCCCCACAGCAGCAGAGGACUGGACCUGUGGAAGACCAGUCCCCACAGCUGUAGAGGACUGGACCUGAGGAAGACCAGUCCCCACAGCUGCAGAGGACUGGACCUGAGGAAGACCAGCCCCCACAGCAACAGAGGACUGGACCUGAGGAAGACCAGUCCCCUCAGCAGCAGAGGACUGGACCUGUGGAAGACCAGUCCCCACAGCUGCAGAGGACUGGACCUGAGGAAGACCAGUCCCCACAGCAGCAGAGGACUGGACCUGUGGAAGACCAGUCCCCACAGCUGUAGAGGACUGGACCUGAGGAAGACCAGUUCCCACAGCUGUAGAGGAUUGGACCUGUGGAAGACCAGUCCCCACAGCAGCAGAGGACUGGACCUGAGGAAGACCAGUCCCCUCAGCUGCAGAGGACUGGACCUGAGGAAGACCAGUCCCCACAGCUGCAGAGGACUGGACCUGUGGAAGACCAGUCCCCACAGCAGCAGAGGACUGGACCUGUGGAAGACCAGUCCCCACAGCUGCAGAGGACUGGACCUGAGGAAGACCAGUCCCCACAGCUGCAGAGGACUGGACCUGAGGAAGACCAGCCCCCACAGCAGCAGAGGACUGGACCUGAGGAAGACCAGUCCCCUCAGCAGCAGAGGACUGGACCUGUGGAAGACCAGUCCCCACAGCUGCAGAGGACUGGACCUGAGGAAGACCAGUCCCCACAGCAGCAGAGGACUGGACCUGUGGAAGACCAGUCCCCACAGCUGUAGAGGACUGGACCUGAGGAAGACCAGUCCCCACAGCUGUAGAGGAUUGGACCUGUGGAAGACCAGUCCCCACAGCAGCAGAGGACUGGACCGGAGGAAGACCAGUCCCCUCAGCUGCAGAGGACUGGACCUGAGGAAGACCAGUCCCCACAGCUGCAGAGGACUGGACCUGUGGAAGACCAGUCCCCACAGCAGCAGAGGACUGGACCUGUGGAAGACCAGUCCCCACAGCUGCAGAGGACUGGACCUGAGGAAGACCAGUCCCCUCAGCUGCAGAGGACUGGACCUGAGGAAGACCAGUCCCCUCAGCUGCAGAGGACUGGACCUGAGGAAGACCAGUCCCCUCAGCUGCAGAGGACUGGACCUGAGGAAGACCAGUCCCCACAGCUGCAGAGGACUGGACCUGUGGAAGACCAGUCCCCACAGCUGCAGAGGACUGGACCUGAGGAAGACCAGUCCCCUCAACUGCAGAGGACUGGACCUGAGGAAGACCAGUCCCCUCAGCUGCAGAGGACUGGACCUGAGGAAGACCAGUCCCCACAGCAGCAGAGGACUGGACCUGAGGAAGACCAGUCCCCUCAGCUGUAGAGGACUGGACCUGAGGAAGACCAGUCCCCACAGCUGCAGAGGACUGGACCUGAGGAAGACCAGUCCCCUCAGCUGCAGAGGACUGGACCUGAGGAAGACCAGUCCCCACAGCUGCAGAGGACUGGACCUGAGGAAGACCAGUCCCCACAGCUGUAGAGGACUGGACAGAGAUCUGAGACCAGGAAUUUGUAGACCGGAAACAGAGCGGUGUGUUUACACAUGUAGCUCAUUAGGCAUUCUGUCUGUGGCUUGUCUUCAGCUGUCAUACGUCAACAGCCCCCCCCUCACAGGCCUGGUCUCUCGCUCUCUCUCGGACCUGGGGCAGGUGUCUGUGCAGCCGGAUCUCACAAGUACUUCUCUCCCUCUCAGGGCCCUGGGGCAGGUGUAUGGGCAGUGA